GGGCUGCGUACCCUCUGCGCGUUCUGGCACUGUCACUCAGGCCGUACUGCAGUGGCACCAUCACAGCUCACUGCAGCCUCCAACUCCUGGGCUCAAGUGAUCCUUCCAUCUCAGCCUCCUGAGUAGCUGUGACUACGGUUGUGUGCCACCAUGCCUGCCGAUUUUUUUUUUGAGUUUUUGUAGAGAUGGAGUUUCAUCACGUUGCCCAGGCUAGUCUCAAACUCCUGGGCUCAAGCAAUCCUCCCGCAUUCGCCUCCGAAAGUGCUGGGAUUAACAGGCGUGAGCCACCACGCCCAGCCUCAUUAGCCACAUUUCAGUAAACAUCUGAAUGGUCAGUUUGGGAUUUGGGUGUGGUGAACAGUGCUAAAGGUAGGUGAAAGUGAAAACCAUUAAAAGGAAGCCUUGGAGUGAUGGGUUUUUUGUUUUUGUGACAAAAAUUCAGAGCCAGGAAAGACAUUAUAGACUAUCCAGUGAUCAGUUGGAGAUCAAAAUGUAAAUAGUAUGUUUCUGGGAUUUUCUGUUAAAGGUAAGAGUGCUUCUCAAAGCUUGCUCCUUUUAGGCCUACGCUUUCUCUAACUUUUACACUCACCUUGUUGCCGGAUUCAGGAGGACGAGAGAGACCUCAGGUUGGAACAGGAGAAUCUUUAUUGAGUGUACUCAGGCCCAGCUGACUCACGUCCAAAAGACUGGGCCCAGAAUAAAGACAGUACUUGACUUUUAUACACACUUCACAUAGGGGGUGGGCUAGCUUGAAGCAAGUUUACAGUGGCGUGAAAGCAGGGAUACAGAGGCAGGACAAAGACAGAAUUGCACAUGACCAUUGCCAAGCAACCCAGAUGUUCGUUAUCUAGGUUUGCCUGGGCACAGGCUUAUCCUAUAACCUUCACUAUGGUGCACAGGCAGCUGUAGUUCAGGCCUACUCAGGCUUCUCAUGACCUUAGUUGCACUUCUUAGAUAAAACAGAAUACUUGAAAUCACUAGUUACAGAGAACCAGAGUCUAUAAACUCAUUCUAUAAAACAAGGGAAAAUUUGUUUUUCUUCUCCCUGUGUUGAGGGAGUGCUGGGAGAGUCUCCAGAGCACAUUAGAUAAUAUUAUCAAGACUUUUCCUGGGUCUGGGCUGUGCCUGUUGCUGCUUCUGGGACAAGUUAGCCUAAAACAGGAAAACGUAUUUCUCUUCCUUUUUAAUUUUAUUGUUCUUUAAUUUCCCGCCUUAACCUUAAUGCGAAUAAUAUUCUGCCACUUUAUUUAAAUCCUGGCUUACUUUAAGGAGAAACGUAAAGAUGGGUUUCCUGGUAGACUAGGAGUAAACAACUGACUGUGACGUCACUGCUAAUGAAAUGUACCUUCCUUUUACUUUCUCAAAAGCGAAGAUUCCCUUAUUGGCAUGAGGACUGUUUCAAAAGUACUUACAUUUCCCACCUGGAUUGUGAUUGAUAUGUUGAAUGCCCUGACCCAGGCAGCUACAGAAACAUAAUUUAAUUGAAGUCGGUUAAAAAUUGUGCCUUUAUGGAAAGUGUGGAGAAGGACUUCAGGAUGAUAUAAAGCAGAAUAGAAAAGCUUAAAAGAAUUCAACUUAGAAAAAUGUAAUUUUUGGUACCUCUAUUGAAAGUAUAUUUUGACUUUUUAAAAAAUGAGCAAUUCUUUGUCUUUAAAAUGGAAUGUUAGUGGUGAUAUUUGUGGUAUGUUCUAAAUGUUCUGUAGAACUGGAUUUAGGUAUUUGAGUAACAGCAAAUGUUAGAGUGCAUGGUUAUAUAUACAACAAGGUUGUCAGUAUUGAAAUACACAUUCAGUGUCUUAGACUUUUAAGAAGAUUUUUGAUUGACAAAAACCAUUCAUUGGAACAUAGUCUCUUCUAUACCUUGUUUCACUUAGCAUCUCUUUGAGAAUUUACAUAUCUGCAUGUCCAGAUCCACUCCACAGUGAUUCCUGCCUAGUCUUUUAUAGGAUACACUAAUUAUGAAAAUAUUUACCAACAAAUAAGCACUCAUUAGGUUUACAGACAACUGUUGUCAGAAGUGUUUGUGGCCAUAUCUUUUUACUUGCACAUGUAAGCAUAGAUGUAAAAUAAAAAUUGUAUGACAAUUUGAGUUAAAGAGUUUGUAGAUUUUACAUUUUCCUAGGUAUUUCAAAAUUUUUCUAAAAUAAGUUGCCGUAUUUUACAAGCCUAUCCAAAGCCUCCACUAAUACAACAUGGUAGUAAAGAGCUGCCCUGCCCCUGUGGGCUGAAAAUUACCAAAAGACGUCCUUCCCCAGACUGACUCAGCUUUCACUAGCAGAACGCCUCCUGGAUCUCCAGUCCCCCACCUCUCUCUCACCCUAGGUGUAGCACCUUUCAGUGUACAAGCUGUGCAACUGUCCUUGGUGGCCCUGCCCUCCCUUUCAGUGUGUAUAAGAGUGCCCAUUUCCUCCCAUGUGCCAUCAGAUAUUUUUUGUUUUUGCCCUCUUGACAGAUGAAAAACAGUAUCUUUUAACUUUUCAAAUUAAUUUAGAAGAAAACUUCCCAUUCUCAUCUUAUAAUGUAUUAGUUUUGCGAAAGCAGAUCCAGUGAUUCCAGCACCUGCUGUGUACCCUUAACUGCUCUAGGUGCCAGGGAAACGAGGGAACACAACAGAAAAAGUCCCUUGCUAUCAGGAAUGUACAUUCCGACUUCACCAUUUGCCUGUACAUCUGCAUAUUUGUUUUCAAGCUUGUGUGCAGUGAAUGUUAAAGUCUCAAUUUAUAUUUCUAGUUGGAUAUACUGUGUACUGCCCUUUGUCCUGCCAUUUUGAUAAGCUGAUGAAAACCAGCUCUAUGCCUAAGUACCCCAAAGCUUCUGUUUAUGAUGAGGUAAAAUUGUGUCAAAAAUAGGCUCUACUAAAGUUUUGCAUAGAAGAUUUUAUGUAAUUAUAUAAUAGUUCUUCCUUGGAUCCAGAGGCUUUAAAAUGACCCUUUGCCCUUUACAAUUUUGGCCCUAUUUCUGAGGAUGUUUUUGAAGUCUGCAUUUUUUGAAACCUCAUAGUUUUAUUGCCUGAAAAUGAUACAAUGAAAGUACUUUUAUUAAGAUAUGUAAAUCCAUUCCUACCUCCAAAGCUUCUUUGAAAAAUGCAAAAAAAAAGAGUUCUUACUUCGAAAUGCUUCAUAUUCAUGAAAGCAGUUUUAAUGCAAAAUACUUUAUUCUGUUAGCUUUUAGUUCUUUGAUCAAUGAAAAUUGUUUCUUACCUGCUGUUUCUUCAGCCUUUAAUUGUAGCCCAGUGCUUAUUCAAUGUUUCUGUUUUAAUUUGCAUUUAAUGAGCUCAUUUUAAAUGUUUCUUCGUAGUAAUCUGAAUGGUUUCUCUCCCUCAAUUUUGUAAUAUUAAAGAGACUUAUGUGACAGUCGGCUGAUUUAUGUUGCAGCUCACCUCCCUGGCUUAUUUACUUCAUCCUGUAGGAUAGAAUCUUGGUUAAAAGGAAUUACAGUAAUAGGAUUCUUUUCCCCCAGUAAUUUCCUAAUUACCUAGGACUCUUAACAGGUUAACUCAAAUGUCUGUUUUUCACCAAAUAAAAACCUUUUUUCCUUGAAUGAAUAGGUAUUUAUGAUUAUUAUUUCAGUGUCAUUUCUUUAUACCAUAUGUAUUAGGUGGUGCUGGGUAGGGGUGGGUACACAUAGGUUGUAUAUGUCUAUAUAUUGCCUGUGGGGAAGGUACAUAGAAAUGACCAUUUCUUCCCAAUGAGUUUGUGGCCUAGUUGGGCUGAUUAGGCUUAUAUUGGUGGUAUAGAUUCCACCUUCACCACUACAGAAGAAGAGUAAUUAGAAAGAUGUAUGUACGUAUCAGCACACACACACAUGCCUGCAACACGUGAUUUUUCAUGUUUCUUUUGCUCAUGUGAUUCUCAUUGAUCUGAAUGCCCUUUCUGUUGUACAUCCGAAAACUACUGUUCAUCAUUCAAGAUCCAAUUCCAAUGGCACCAACUUUAUAUGAAAUUUUCCAUGUCACCUCUCACCCUCUUUUCAGUAUGAGGCAAUUAGCACCUCCUUUAGAGUCAGCCAACAUUUUAGUAACUACCCUUCAUCAGGUCCUUGUUCAUAGUCUAGGAGGGGUACAGAAAAGUAAAGAUUUACAAACCUGAAAGGUGGGUAUCAUGAUACAGGUUUAUACAAGGAAGUACUGGAAAACUCAGCCUAUAGAGCUUGGAAGAUCCAACUGUUUCCCAGUGGAGCCAUUCCAGUUGUCCUGCAGGACAAGUAGGAGUUAAUUAGGUGAAGGCGGCCUUCUACACAGGCAUGGAGGGGAGAGAAGAGAAUAGAAUGAAAGAUAUCUGGUGAGGCUGGGAGGCACACCAGAUAAGCUUUGUCAAGGAGGUGGGUUUAAAGUUGGUGAUAGGGAGGAGUCACUGAACUGUUAUCUACAAAAGAGCAUUAUGAACAGGUUGUAUUUUAGAAAGAUGUCUAUGGCAGUAAUAGAAAGUUAUGAAAUAGAACAUUGUAGAAAAUAGUUACACUAAUGCCAACAAGUCCAGAUAAAGUGUUAAUAGAGGACUUCUCAUGACCUUCGUUGUACUUCUUAGAUAAAACAGAAUACUUGAAAUCACUAGUUACGAAGAACAAGCGUCUAUAAACUCAUUCCAUAAAACAAAGGAAAGAGGUCCAGAUAAAGUGUUAACAGAGGACAGUCUUCGACUGAGAAUGGCAGGUGUUUGUCAGGUUCAACUCCAGCCAUGGUUUCCCAGUGGAGGUCGAUUCUGACACCAGCAUCUUCAAGCUCAAGGAGGUGGUUGCUAAGCAACAGGGGGUUCCAGCUGACCAGUUGCGUGUGAUUUUCGCAGGGAAGGAGCUGAGGAAUGACUGGACCGUGCAGAACUGUGACCUGGAUCAGCAGAGCAUUGUUCACAUUGUGCAGAGACCAUGGAGAAAAGGUCAAGAAAUGAAUGCAACUGGAGGCGACAACCCCAGAAACGCGGCGAGAGGCUGUGAGCGGGAGCCCCAGAGCUUGACUCGGGUGGACCUCAGCAGCUCAGUCCUCCCAGGAGACUCUGUGGGGCUGGCUGUCAUUCUGCACACUGACAGCAGGAAGGACUCACCACCAGCUGGAAGUCCAGCAGGUAGAUCAAUCUACAACAGCUUUUAUGUGUAUUGCAAAGGCCCCUGUCAAAGAGUGCAGCCGGGAAAACUCAGGGUACAGUGCAGCACCUGCAGACAGGCAACGCUCACCUUGACCCAGGGUCCAUCUUGCUGGGAUGAUGUUUUAAUUCCAAACCGGAUGAGUGGUGAAUGCCAAUCCCCAAACUGCCCUGGGACUAGUGCAGAAUUUUUCUUUAAAUGUGGAGCACACCCCACCUCUGACAAGGAAACAUCAGUGGCUUUGCACCUGAUUGCAACAAAUAGUCGGAACAUCACUUGCAUUACGUGCACAGACGUCAGGAGCCCCGUCCUGGUUUUCCAGUGUGACUCCCGCCACGUGAUUUGCUUAGACUGUUUCCACUUAUACUGUGUGACAAGACUCAAUGAUCGGCAGUUUGUUCACGACCCUCAACUUGGCUACUCCCUGCCUUGUGUGGCUGGCUGUCCCAACUCCUUGAUUAAAGAGCUCCAUCACUUCAGGAUUCUGGGAGAAGAGCAGUACAACCGGUACCAGCAGUAUGGUGCAGAGGAGUGUGUCCUGCAGAUGGGGGGUGUGUUAUGCCCCCGCCCUGGCUGUGGAGCGGGGCUGCUGCCAGAGCCUGACCAGAGGAAAGUCACCUGCGAAGGGGGCAAUGGCCUGGGCUGUGGGUUUGCCUUCUGCCGGGAAUGUAAAGAAGCGUACCAUGAAGGGGAGUGCAGUGCCCUGUUUGAAGCCUCAGGAACAACUACUCAGGCCUACAGAGUCGAUGAAAGAGCCGCAGAGCAGGCUCGUUGGGAAGAAGCCACCAAAGAAACCAUCAAGAAAACCACCAAGCCCUGUCCCCGCUGCCAUGUACCAGUGGAAAAAAAUGGAGGCUGCAUGCACAUGAAGUGUCCACAGCCCCAGUGCAGGCUCGAGUGGUGCUGGAACUGUGGCUGCGAGUGGAACCGCGUCUGCAUGGGGGACCACUGGUUCGACAUGUAGCCAGGGCAGCCGGGUACCCCAUCGCCCCAUCCUGGGGGAGCAUACCCAGUGUCCUACCUUCAUUUGCUAAUUCUCUUUUCAAACACACACACACACACACGCACACACACACAGGCACACAUACACGCACACACACACUCUUCAAGUUUUUUUCAAAGUCCAACUACAGCCAAAUUGCAGAAGAAGCUCCUGGAUCCCUUUCACUAUGUCCAUGAAAAACAGCAGAGCAAAAUUACAGAAGAAGCUCCUGAAUCCCUUUCAGUUUGUCCACACAAAACAGCAGAGCCAUCUGUGACACCACCAACAGGCGUUCUCAGCCUCCAGAUGACACAAAUACCGAAGCACAGAUUCAAGUGAAAUCCAUGUAUCUGUAUGGGUCAUUCUCACCUGAAUUCGAGUCAGGCAGAAUCAGUAGCUGGAGAGAGAGUUCUCACAUUUAAUAUCCUGCAUUUUACCUUCAGUAAAUACCAUGAAGAUGCCAUUGACAAGGUGUUUCUCUGUAAAAUGAACUGCAGUGGGUUCUCAAAACUAGAUUCAUGGCUUUACCAGUAAUGUUCUUAUUUAAAUUUUCAGAAAGCAUCUAUUCCCAAAGAACCCCAGGCAAUAGUCAAAAACAUUUGUUUAUCCUUAAGAAUUCCAUCUAUAUAAAUUGCAUUAAUGAAAUACCAACUAUGCAUAAAUUGACUUGUCACUAAGUGAGAAAUUAUGAAAGUUAAUUUGAAUGUUGAAUGUUUGAAUUACAGGGAAGAAAUCAAGUUAAUGUACUUUCAUUCCCUUUCAUGAUUUGCAACUUUAGAAAGAAAUUGUUUUUCUGAAAGUAUCACCAAACAUCUAUAGUUUGAUUUUGAGUAUUCAUUUUGCAGCUUGGAGAUUUUGCUAAUACGUUUGGCUCCACUGUAAAUUUAAUGGAUAAAGUGCCUAUAAAGGAGACAUGUUUAGAAAUGAUUUCAAAAUGAUAUUCAAUCUUAACAAAAGUGAACAUUAUUAAAUCAGAAUCUUUAAAGAGGAGCCUUUCCAGAACUACCAAAAUGAAAGCAUGCCUGACUCUCUCCAUCAGAAGGGUUUGGCACACCCUCUCGGUCCAAUCUGCAAGUCCCAAGGAGCUCUGCACACCAGGGGUUCCCCAGGAGAGACCUUCUCUUAGGACAGUAAACUCACUAGAAUAUUCCUUAUGUUGACAAGGAUUGGAUUUCAGUUCCAUCAAACUUUCAGCUUUUUUUUCAGCCAUUAACAACACAAUCAAAAGAUUAACAACACUGCAUGUGGCAAACCGCAUGCUCUUACGCACACUACGCAGAAGAGAAAGUACAACCACUAUCUUUUGUUCUACCUGUAUUGUCUGACUUCUCAGGAAGAUCGUGACCAUAACUGAGGGCAUGAGUCUCACUAGCACAUGGAGGCCCUUUUGGAUUUAGAGACUCUGUAAAUUAUGAAAUCGGCAACAGGGCUUCUCUUUUUAGAUGUAGCACCUGAAAUCCUUGCUGGAGGGAAGAGAGGAGGUGAACUCACAUUUUCCACAUCCCGGGACACCUGUCCCUCUUUUCCUAACUGCGUAAGAUAACCCAUUUCUUCCAACCAUCUGAGGACAGUCCUGUCCCCUCAGAGGCCCUGCGCCGGGGAGAGACUGGGCUCUGCAGCAGCCACGUCAGCAUUCACAGCUUCAUGUGGCUUCACUGUCUGAAAAUCUACCAACUCCAACAUGGCCCCACGGUGACAACAGACCUGCGACAGGAAGCCCAAAGCUCACAUAGAAAUGGUGGAGAGAUCAAAGUCUCUAUAGUAAGGGAAAAAAAGAGAGGUCGCAGGCAUGAGCCCCUGCACCCAGUGGCUCGUGUCCGUACUGAGUCCAGACCCUGAUCAGGGCCUGACUUCGUGUCACUGGCAAUCCCACUAAAUUACACUUCCUUACACUGGCCCGAUGCGGCAAAUCAGGUGGCUCCCUUCCAUCACGUGGAGCACACCGUGUUUUCCAUCAUUCAUAGCUUUGUUCCUGAUGGUGUUUGCAUUAUUGCGCCUUCCCAGUCUGCAUGCUGCGUUAGGCUUGCGGUGCCUGAACAAGGUUUGCUCCCACAAGCUCAGGCACCCUAGGAUCCCCUGUUAGACUAUUAGGCUGUCCAGCAUGGUCUCUUUCCUUUCUUGGUGGUGGUCUUUUCCCUUCCCAAAAUAGAACAGUGAUUCUUAGAAUAAGUGAGAGCGGGCCGGGCACGGUGGCUCAUGCCUGUAAUCCCAGCACUUUGGGAGGCCGAGGUGCGUGGAUCACGAGGUCAGGAGUUCAAGACCAGCCUGGCCAACAUGAUGAAACCCCGUCUCUAUUAAAAAUACAAAAAUCAGCUGGGCGUGGUGGCAGACGCCUGUAAUCCCAGCUUCUCGGGAGGCUGAGGCAGGAGAAUCACUUGAACCCAGGGGGCAGAAGUUGCAGUGAGCCGAGAUCGUGCCGCUGAACUCCAGCCUGGGCAACAGAGUGAGACUCUGUCUCAAAAAAAAAGAGCAAAAUCAUCCACUACACAUGAACCUGAAUCACAGUAUUAUUUGCACAGGAAGGGUGUAACAAAAUAUGAAUGUAUCAAAAAACAGAAAUAAAGUCUUUGCAGAAAAAAUCUGUUUUUCUCUAAAGUGUGUGUGGAUUAUCUGACAACUCUAAGAUUGUACUUAAAUUGUCAAUAAAAGCAUCAAAAGAG